AUGGCGUCUAGCUUAGCUCACAUUAAAAGUGUGAGAGUGGAUCACAGAGGAGCAGCGACAAAGAAAAUAGCUGAUCUUGAGGCAGCUUUGGGAGCUACUCCAAUUGAUAUUGACAUCUUUAAACUGAUGAGAGCUGUGCUGCAGGAAAAGCUGGAAGUACUCAAGAGAUUGAGUGAGGAUAUCAUUGCUUUACUUACUGAUGAAGGUGAGAUCAUAACAGAAGUGGAGACAGCAGAACUCAUAAGCGACUCUAUUAGAGAAUCCCUCCUUAAAAUACAGAAGGUCAUUGGCACUAUGGAGACUGCAACUCCUACUCGUCCUUCCACUUACCGAAGCAGUUCACGAAGUACUACAGAGAGCAUCUCAAGGGUAAGGCUACCAGAAAUAAUUCUACGUCCUUUCGAUGCAAAUUAUGCGAAUUGGCUCACCUUCUGGGAUACAUACAAAGCAUCUAUUCAUGACAAUACUGAUAUUUCUGAUGUGGUCAAGUUCACUUACAUCUUAUCACUAUUACGAGGCUCAGCCAGGGAGGCUGUAGCUGGUCUGUCUUUGACAUUAGCUAACUACAAGGAAGCUGUUGAUAUCUUAUGCAAGAGGUUUGGUGAUCAGACACAAAUGAAAGCAAGGCACAUGGAUGCACUGAUGAGUCUAGAACCGGUAAUGAGUAUUCAGAACCUCCCAUCAUUGAGACGUCUUUAUGACACAGUAGAAACACAUAUCCGAGGUCUUAAAACUCUUGGUGUUAGUCCGGAAUCGUAUAGAGUACUCUUAUCCUUGGUAAUUAUGAAGAAGCUACUUCAAGAUUUGAGGAUUGUUAUUACUCGAAAGAUCACUGAUAAUCAGUGGAAUCUCGACUCUAUUCUUGAAGCAGUCCUGGAUGAAAUUGAUGCAAGGGAACAGGCUAGUAUAUCAUCAGUCAACCGGACCAAGCAGGAUAGGGAUUUACCCACAGGCACUGCCCUACCCACAAAUACUCAAUCAGAUGCUAAUUCACAUUCCAAUGGCAGUUCAUCUUGCAGCUACUGUAAUGAGUCCCAUAAUUCUACUCAAUGUCAGACAGUGUCUUCAGUGGAGGAUAGAAAACGAAUCCUUAGAAAAGAGUGUAAGGGCAGACAUCACACAAGCAUCUGCCACAAGACACAAGGCUCACCUGAACAGACGAAUUCUGUAAAUCUUCAGGUGAACACAUCAGUACUCAAUCCAGAUGCCCCUCCCUUUUUUCCUCCCUCUUAUAUUCCUACUGAGUCUGAAUCUUCUCAUUCCUCUACUCUUAACAUUGAGAAUGAUCACAAUAUACUACUGCAGACUGCACAUGCUAUAGUGUUCAAUCCUAAUAAUCAUGAUGAUAACACAGAAGUUAGGAUUAUUCUUGAUUGUGGUAGUCAAUGUUCAUACAUCACCAAUAGUCUUAAGGAAAGGCUUCACAUCAAACCAGAUGGUAGAAGAGCCAUGCUAAUGUCUACAUUUCGCUCUGCCAAGGAGAGUAAUCAGCUGUGUUAUCUUGUAAGGAUUGGUGUGUGUACUAAUGGGUCUGAAAUGGAGUUAAGAUUAUUGUCAGUACCACAUAUAUGUGGACCAAUAUCAGGUGUACCAGUUGAAGUUUGUAGAGAACGAUAUGAGCACAUUACAGACCUAGAUUUGGCAGACACUUCACAAGGAAAGCCUGAAAUAUUAAUUGGCUCAGACUACUGUUAG